AUGGGAACCGAAUCUCCUUCUCCGCGCCAGCUCUUUACAGAGGCCAUAAUCUUCUGGUCGAUUGGGCUUGUGAUUUAUGUUGGCAGAAUGAUCGCUCGGAUAAUCGCCAAUGGCUCCGUGAAACGGUUGUUCGUGGACGAUUAUGUUAUGACAGCAACAUUCGCAAUUUACACCACACUUUUGGUCCUAAUCCAAAUCUCGGCGCGCUAUGCAACUAACCUGAUGGACCCCAAUGACUACGACCAAGUGUUAGCGGACCCAAAACAAGUCAGUGACCGGAUUUACGGAAGCAAAAUAGUGAUUGGCUUGGAACAAUGCAUGCUCGUUUCAACGUGGGGGGUCAAAGUAUGCAUGCUGAUGCUCUACUGGCGAAUCACACAAAACCUGAAAUCGAACCUAUACAUCAAGAUCCUUUCUGUAUAUGUCGCUGUUGGGUUUGUCGUCAUUAUGGUCACAUACUAUGCGGUGUACUGCCGACCAUUCUCACAAUACUGGGCCAUGCCCGUGGACAAUAUGCAAUGCGCGACAUACCAACACUACUCAAUCACACAAGCCGUGUUCAAUAUUUCCUCCGACGCCGUGAUGUUCGCGAUCCCGAUCCCUCUUUUGAUAAAAGCUCAGCUCAAACGCCGCAGGAAGGUGGUUCUUAUCGGCGUCAUGAGCUUGGGCUUAUUCACCAUCAUCGCCGCCAUCCUCAACAAAUAUUUCAACUUUGCCUCGCCACUCACAACGCAGUACCAAAUAUGGUAUAUCCGCGAAGCCAGCACUGCCAUCUACGUUGCGAAUCUCAUGUGCUGGUGGCCACUCCUACGCAAAAUAUUCGGCCUCAAGGCUUUCCAGUACAACAGCAAUCGUGGCCAGCGAGCUGGCAAUCAAAACAACCAAAACAAAAACGGCAGCGAAGACUAUUCCAACAACUCACAGUCACAACCUUCUUCUUCUUCUUUCCCUCGCUCGUGGAAGCCUCCUUGCCGUCGUGGCGUCAAAGGUGCAUGGUUCGGACACAAGGCGCGGCGUUCAAGCACAGAAGCGAUCAAUCGACCCAAUGACGAUUUCGCGCCUGAUGUUCAACGAAUGGAUGCUGUUCCACUGGACAGCUGGGAUAAAUCGGAAAAUUUUGGAAUUCAGACACCUGCCGCACAGAGCUCCAGGCAUGAGCUGCAGCAUGGACUGAUGUAUUCCGAGGACGAUUCCGAUGUACAAACAAAGCACAAGCAGCGUACUCAUUCGCCAUGUUGA